AUGUCAAGCACUGCCUUUGAAUUACUUGGGACUUUGAAUUCAUUAAUGGCCAGUAACGGGCUCCUUCCACGAGAGAUGUCCAUGCAACCUUUUGCCGUAUAUUCUUUCGAUGGGCUCCUGGUUUUUGGCUUGCUUUUUAUAUGCACCUGUGCAUACCUGAAAAAAGUACCACGACUAAAUAAAUGGCUUCUAUCUGAAAAGAAAGGGGUAUGGGGUGUGUUUUACAAAGCUGCAGUAAUAGGAACAAGACUUCAUGUACCAGUUGCACUGUCUUGCCUUGUCAUGGGUGUUUAUGUUUUGUUUAUUAAAUGACAACAACAAUCCAAAUUUGAUGAAGAACAUAAGAGGAACAAUAUAUUUAGCAAAACGUUCAACAAGGAUUAUGAUCAGAUAAUGUUUCCUUUCUGUACAAGAACCGGACGCUAUACUGUUUAUCCUCUCAUGCUAUCCUGGAGGUGCUUGGAAGAAACAUUAACAAAUGGAAAAGUAAAUUGCUGGUAUAUACAUGGUCCGUACUAAAUCUGUCUCUUUAUUCCAAGGUGUGUGCUUAUAGCAAAUCUUCUGUUUCACUUGAAAACAACAUCAUGAAAGACUAGUCGGACAAUUAGUCAAGAUUUUUGAGUAUUCAACUUUGAAGGAAGUAUUUGUGUGGUUUAGUAACUUUGGAAAUAUUUUGAAUUGAAACUGUAAUCCUGAGAUAAUCAUUUAAAGUUGGUUUCUUUUUCAAUUUCUGGAUUUAAUCAGAUACUAAAGUUUCCAUUUAAAAACAGGAAAUUUUGUCUUGGCGUAUUUUGUCUAAGGUAAUGACGUUGUUGUACAUUGGUCCAGUUGACUAUGUUUGCUAUGUCUUCCUAAAAUGAUGUAUACUAUGAUUAAAAAAGUAACACUUUAUUCAUAAUUUAGGGUGUUGUGGUGAAGUUUAUAAAAUGAGAUACUUAACCAAAAAAAACAAAAGUUAUAAAGUUAUUUUUGGAUAACCCUAUCGGAAUCUGUAAAGUGACUGUAGCGAUGAUGAGGAUGCCCAACCUGCCUUAAAAAGUUCUUUCUUGUAACAAGGUGACUGCAUUGGUUUUAUUGACCCAAUGGUUACUGAAAUGAAGGUAGUCAAUUUGUUGGACAUUUCAAAAUUUAAAUAUCCUGUUCUUUCCUUUGACAUUGAAGCUGCGGUAUAUAUUCUUGCAAAAUGUUAUCUGCACUUCAAGGAAUUAUCAUAAUUUUGGAAGGAAGUACGAUAUUAAAUAAAAACAACCAUUGCAGGGGAAACGUGUUUUAAAUUUUAAUGCAGUUUUUCUUUGAUUUUGAAGAAUCCACCUGGAUCCGUGGUUGUCUGUUAUUUCUAUAGCUGUUCAGAGGGGAAGAAAUUGAAGCGAACAAUACUGACUGUGGCACCAAUGAAAUGCUUUAUUGCAGUCUAUACCACACCCUCCGAACUAUUGCAGUCUGGUACAUGGAUUUGCUAAGAUCAGACUUUGGGCAGUUGCAGCACUAUUCCUGCCUGUCACAGGGUUCUCAUUUCCAAGGAUGUGCAAUUGCUAAUGCAUUGGAUGCUAUAAUGUAUCGAGUUUUUUUUAAAUCCCAGUGCGUGAAUUUUCUCACUUACCACAACCCUCAGGAACCCCACCCUACUGAAGUGCAUAUGACUAAAUCAGGUAUGGAUUGUGAAGAUUCUGUAACUGUUCAUUAAAAUAUUUGGAAAUUCA